AUGACGGUUCAAGAAAAGGCGUCUGAAUUCAUUGCCGGCCUCGCCGGUAAGCAAACCCACUCGAAGCUUGGAUUCAAGCUGUUGCCAUCCGACCCAGUGCUCGACACGUUCCGACACUUUGGCUUCAAGGUGGUCGAGUAUGACAUCCCUCGCUACCCGCUCUGGACCGCGCUCAUCGUCUCAUUCCGUAUCCUCGGCUUCAUCGUCGGUUCCGCCGUCGUCGCUUACGGCCUGUACCACGGCAUCGCCAAAAAGUCGCAAGUUGGCAAAUGGUUCUCCAUCUUCAGCUUGAUCUCGACGCUCCUCGCCUGGCCCAUGCUUACCGGCCGAUCGGGUGUCAUGCUCCUCGAUUUCUGGCGUCCUGCGCUCGGCUUCCGCUCUUGCCUGCUCGUCUGGGAUGUCUUCCACAUUCGCUCCGUCGACGAAGUAGAGGGUUGGUCGUUUGCGCGCUUCUUUGCUCAACUCUGGACUUUCCCCAAGGAGCUCGACGAGAUCAACGAUCGCACCGCCGAGGAAGGCUUCGAGAGGAACGCUAGGAUCGAAAACCUCAAGGGCAUGCCCAAGGUCGCCAUCGAGGCCUUCGCCAUGUUCGGCGCUCUUUACUUUAUCCCUCCCUUCGAGCUCACUCGCAACAUGAGCCAGCUCGCCUACCACUGCUACUGCGAUGCUCUCGGUGUCUGCAUUCUCAUGGCUCUGGCUCUCUUCGGUGACGGUUUGCUCAAGAUGUUUGGUAUCGUCAUCAACGUCGAGAUGGCCGACAUGUUCGAGAACCCUUUGGGCACCACCAACAUUCGCCUCUUCUGGAGCCACUGGAACCGUGCUAUCGCCACUGUGCUUCACCGUGUCGUCUUUGGCGGUGGGAAGAGCAAGACGACGCUCCGCAAGAAGAAGGCCGCUGCUCAGGCUGCCGUCGCUCGACGAGCCCACAUGGACGGUCUUUCUGAGACCGAUGCCGGCCACACUUCGGGCGAGGACGAGCAGGCGAGCUCCAACGGUGGCAAGAAGCGCAACGCUUCGGGUCUCAAGCCUCUUUCUUCGGUCAAUGGAGACUCUGACCUGCGAAAGCGCAAGGGCGGUGCCAAGGAGGCCGUCAAGUCCAACGGCAACGGUCGCAGCCCCGCCGGUCAGCCCGCCAAGAAGUCGUCCUUCCUGCCCAAGGCCUGCGCGGCUAUCGUCACGUUCGCCAUGAGCGGUAUCUUCCACGAACACAUCACCUACUGGACGCUUGGUUUCGCCAAUGGUGAAAACUUUGUGUUCUUCCUGCUCAACGGUGUCGCUACGGUGACGGCCACGUGGUUCAAGCGAACCUACCCGGAGGCCAACGCCAAGAUCCCCACUUGGCUCUCUGUGCUCAUGCUGCACGCCUUCUUCCUGGCUGUCAUCCCUCUCUUCUGCUCGCCCUUCAUCCGAUCGGGCUUCUUUGUGCAGCUCGAGGCGCUCAAGUACGAGCUCAUGCCUGUUCGUGACCGACCUCGCGGCAGCUUUGUCUACCUGUUCGGUCAGUAA